AUGAAAUACAUCGAGUUGCCCGAGCUUUCCCGCCUCGCCCAGGCCCUCACGCAUGAAGGCCCCGAGUGCUCCGUCCACACCCGGAUAGAGGCAUACAGCUGCAAGAACAUCAAGCGCGACAAACGCCUCUUCCGCUCGCUCGAGACCGCGUACGCCGACGAGGUCUCGCACUCGCCCCCGCUGCCGUCCGACAUGGCCGCGCUCGAGCGCGAGUCCGAGAUGACGCCCUUUGGGCCGAUGCAGGAGAGCUACUCGCGCAAGACGCUCUACCUGCUCAUCGCCACCCUCAACGUCGCCUUCCCCGACCACGAGUUCUCCGACGUCCGCCCCCACCACUUCAACCGCGAGGAGUCCGGCGCGAGCGUCCUCGGCGCGCUCUCCGCCACCCUUACCUCCCCCGCGCCUCAGACCCGCGUCCCCCGCACCUACUCGUCCUAUCCCCCGGCCUCGUCCGACUUCUUCCCCUUCUCCGUCCCCACCUCCUCGUCCCCGCUCGACUUUUACGUCCGUCCGAGCCCCCGCGCGCCCUCGCGCGCCCAGUCCGGCACCCACCCCACCCUCUACCAGUGUCUCGACGAAACAAUCCGGCUCGCCGACUGUGAGGUGUACUCCUACACCCCCGACGUCGAGUUUGACCCGCACGCGAGCGACGACGCGGACGAGUCGGACGAGGGCAGCGCCGGCGAGGACGACGAAGGCGCGUCCGACGAUGACACCCAGUUCCGCUUCGACGACUACGACGUCGACGAAGCCCCGCUCCGCCGCCGGAGCACGGGCUCGAGCACGGACUCAGACGAAUACUACGCCCCGCACCCUGGGGCCCACGGCCGCCGCCGGGGCGCACUCCUCUGGAGCGCGCACUGGUUCUUCCUCAACCGCAAGCUCAAGCGCGUCCUCUUCAUCUCGAUAUGGGCCCGCUCCAAGGGCAUCGCCGCGUUCAUGGACCGCGAGGUCAUGUACGGUUCGCCUGGCAAGGCCUCGAACGAGCGGUUCUUGGGCUGGGAGGGCGCCGUCGGCGCGGGAGCGCGUGCGAUGGGUCUCAGCGGGAGUGCGCACCUGUAG